AUGAAUAGCAAAUUCUCAAUUGGUAUGAUGAACAGCAAAUUCCCUUGGCAUACGAAUUUACUAUGCUUGCAUCAGGUGGAAAAGCUGGUAGGUUCAAGCCUACGUGCAUUGCUGGAGGUCUGGAAGUGGAAGCAUGGGGGCACUGACCUUGGUGUGCGACGUGGGCUGGCGCUAGGAGAAGGCGCUAGGCCUUGUGCUGGAGCUGUAGUGAGCGGGCCAGGGGGAGAUGCGGGCUGCGCAGGAGAAGAAGGGCUAGGUCUUGGCCUGACGUGGGCCUCCGUGCUGAAACUGGGACUGGCGCUGGCUGGAGAAGUGGGCAAAUUGGGCUGCCACCAUUCAGCUUGGGCUGGUACUUUGAAAGAAAGUGAAGAACGUAGACGUCCUAUACCGCUUGGGUUUGAUCCAUCUCUCCGACUUGGUGAUAACCCACUCAAGCGUUUAGGCUUUAUGUAA